AUGGGAGGCGUCAUUUCGUAUCUGUUGAGUUUUUUCGCUCCGGCCUCGCAGAACGACACAUCUCCAGAUCCAACCACCGGUUUGACCCAGAAAGAUAGAACGCUUAUUAUUCAGACAUGGAGUAUUAUAGGGAACAAAGAUUCAGUGAAGGAGAAUGCGGUUGAGUUCUUCAUUCAGUUGUUUCCUGCAUAUCCCUACCUUCUGGACUAUUUCCCCGUAUUUAAAGGGAAACCACUUUCAGAGCUCAGGAAAAGUCCAAAAUUACGUGCUCAUGCCACCAGCGUAUUUUACACCAUCACAUCCUAUGUGGAAUCCGUUGACGAUCCGGAGACACUAGUCGGCCUGGUCCAAAAGAUUGCAGAGUCUCACGUCGGUCGUGGGAUAACUCUCAGGGAAUUUGAGAAUUUAAAGGUAGUUUUUCUGAAGUUUGUAAAAUCUCAGCUUGGAUCAAAAUGCACACCUCAGAUAGAGUCAGCAUGGAACAAACUGCUUUCAGCCCAGAACGCUGUCUUCCAGAGUACGGCAGACGAAAUCCUGGGCAAGAAGUAG